UAUCAGAUGAUGGUAAGGUAUUGCCCGGCCAUUGGCUGUGUUUGGUGCUCCAUCUUCCAUCGUCUGUUGAGGUCCAAGUACUUGUAUGGAGUCCUGGAGUCGAAGACAAAACUGAGUUUAUUUCAUGGAUGUGGUACGCAGGGAGCUUAUUUUCUGUUGUAAUUCUGUCCAGUGCUGUCAGCCGCAAGACCACUCCUCUUUCUCAUCCUGUUGUCUCAAUCAAAUGAUCCAAGGAUUUAAAAAAACUUGAGGGAUGUAGUGGGAGAAGACUCUUCGUAGAGACACUUAGCAAGUUCCUAGUAUAUAAGAAGCUUGCACAGACUGUGAUUCUUUAGUUCUGCAAAUGUUAAUAAGUAUAAAUUCAUAGCAAUGUGGAAAAGGAUUCAGAUAUUUUUUUUUCUACAAAUUAGCUGUACAUAUCUGCUUUUUUAAUGAAAAUUUCCAUUCGUGUAGUGAGCACUAGAGUUUUGCUAUGAGUCUAAUUAGUUGUUAAAGAUUGAAAUUCUUUUUAUACCUGUUUUAUGUGCCUCCGAGUGGAGCAGUCAGAGAAAUGCUGUAGUCAGAUUAACUGUAACAAUGCUCAGCUGGAUGUUUUUAUUAAGCAUAACAGUGCAUGGCAUCUAAAUAAUAUUUCAAGAAUGUAAUAGUUCACAAGCUACAGAGAAUAUGAAUAGCAACUUAACUAUUAAAAUGCCUUUUUUUACUUGGUUCUAAAGGAAUGAUGCUAGAUUUUUCCAGUGUUUUCUUGAUGAUACUGUACUGGACUAGUGGGUCAUAAAAAGUAAAUAUGGAUGUGAAGAGCAGAAAUCAUUUACUUAUGCACCGCCAAGCAUUGGAAAAAGACAUCAAGACCUCUUAUAUUAUGGAUCGUAUGAUUUCGGACGAAGUACUGACAUUACAGGAGGAGGAGAAAGUGAAACAACAGAGCACACAGAAGGAGCGAGCAGCUAUGCUAAUAAACAUUAUUCUUAGAAAAGAUAAUAAUUCAUAUAGAUCCUUUUAUAAUGCGCUACUUCAUGAAGGGUACAGAGAUCUUGCUGCGCUUCUUCAGGAUGGCAUCCCUGCCAUCUCCUCUGGUAAUAGAAAGAGUUCCACGGAUGGAAUGACUUCAUACGUUAAGACAGUACUUUGCGAAGGAGGUGUACCACAGAGACCGGUUGUGUUUGUCACUCGGCCAAAACUGGUAGAUGCUAUUAAACAGAAACUGUGCUGCUUGGGAAGUGAUCCAGGCUGGGUCACAGUUCAUGGAAUGGCGGGUUGUGGGAAGACUGUUUUAACAGCAGAAGCUUUAAGGGAUCAUCAGCUUUUGGAAGAUUACUUCCCAGGAGGAGUUCAUUGGAUCUCUGUUGGAAAACAGGACAAAGCAGGACUCCUAAUAAAACUUCAGAAUCUCUGUAGUAGAUUAGAACAUGACUCUACUCUUUCACAAAGGCCACCACUUAACAUUGAGGAGGCUAAAGAUCGUCUUCGUUUGCUGAUGCUACGCAAAUACCCCAGAUCUCUUUUGAUCCUGGAUGACAUUUGGGAUUCCUGGGUAUUAAAAGCAUUUGAUAAUCAGUGUCAGGUUCUUGUCACCAGCAGGGACAGGAGCGUAACAGAUGCUGUGGCUGGCAAUAAAUAUGAGGUUCAUGUGGAAAGUGGACUAGCACAUGAGAAAGGACUGGAGAUUUUAUCCCUAUUUGUGAAUAUGAAAAUAUCAGAACUGCCAGAACAAGCUAACUGCCUUGUAAGGGAAUGCAAAGGUUCUCCUCUUGUGAUAUCCUUGAUAGGUGCAUUAUUACGAGACUUCCCUGGUCGUUGGGAAUACUAUCUUGAACAGCUGCAGAAAAAACAGUUUAAAAGAAUAAGAAAAUCUUCUUCUUAUGAUUAUGAAGCCCUUGAUGAAGCAAUGUCCAUAAGUGUUGAGCAACUGAAUGACAAUUAUAAAGACUACUAUAAAGACCUCUCUAUUCUCCCAAAAGAUGUUAAAGUACCUACUAAGGUUCUCUGUAUUCUUUGGGAUAUGGAAACUGAAGAAGUUGAAGAUAUACUACAGGAAUUUGUUAACAAAUCACUAUUGUCCUGUGAUCGUAAUGGGAAGUCGUUCCAUUAUUAUUUACAUGACCUUCAACUUGACUUUCUUACAGAGAAGAAUCGCAACAAGCUUCAGGAGCUACAUAAAAACAUAGUAAAUCAGUACAAGAAGUAUUACAAACUUAAUACGCCUGUUCCAUCUGAAGAGGAUUGCAUGUACUGGUAUAACUUUCUAGCAUAUCACAUGGCUGGUGCCAACAUGCAGAAGGAACUCCAUGAGCUUAUGUUUUCUCUAGAUUGGAUUAAAGCUAAAACAGAAUUGGUAGGGCCUGCUCAUCUGAUUCAUGAAUAUGUAGAAUAUAGCUCAAUCCUGGAUCAAAAGAAUAGCACAGUACGUGAGAACUUCCAGGAAUUUCUGUCUUUAAAUGGGCACCUUCUUGGACGGCAACCGUUUCCUGACAUUAUACAGCUCUGUCUUUGCCAACCAGAGACAUCAGAGGUGUACCAACAAGCCAAGCUACAUGCUCAAAGAGAAACAGGAGCAUUUUAUUUGGAGUGGAUAAAUAAAAAAUCCUUGAAAAACCUCUACCGUCUGGUGGUUCGUCCACAUAGAGAUGCAGUUUACCAUGCCUGCUUUUCUAAGGAUAAACAAAGAAUAGCAUCAUGUGGAGCUGAUAAAACACUUCAGGUGUUUAAAGCAGAAAGUGGAGAGAGACUCCUGGAGAUAAGUGCCCAUGAUGAUGAAAUACUUUGUUGCGCUUUCUCUGCAGAUGGUGAAUUUGUAGCAACUUGUUCAGCUGAUAAAAAAGUAAAGAUCUGGAAUUCAAGAACAGGCCAGUGUAUGUCUGUAUAUGAAGAACACUCAGAGCAGGUCAAUUGCUGCCAGUUCAAUAACAGAAGUGGUCAGUAUCUUUUAGCCACCUGCUCAAAUGACACGUUCAUCAAACUUUGGGAGUUGAACAAAAGUUGUUGUAGAAAUACGAUGAUUGGUCAUGAAAAUUCUGUCAAUCACUGUAGAUUUUCACCGGAUGAUAAAUAUGUUGCUAGCUGCUCAACAGAUGGAAGAGUAAAGCUUUGGGAAUCGCGCUCAGGAAAUGAACUGAAAAGUAUUGAGAUAAAAGAUUUUUUCAGAAAUGCAGAUGAGAAACCAGAUGAUGUGGAGGUUUUAGUAAAAUGUUGCUCUUGGUCCGGAAAUGGUGACAUGAUUUUGGUGGUAGCCAAAAAUAAGCUUUUGCUUUUUGAUGUUAAAACAUGUGAUUUGUUAGCACAACUCGUCAUAAGUCAUCACAGUACAAUCCAAUACUGUGACUUUUGUCCUGGUGAUGAGUUAGUAGCACUUGCUUUGUCUCACUGUUCUGUUGAGUUAUGGAAUAUUAAAUCUUUAUCAAAAGUAGCAUAUUGCAGGGGACACAUGAGCUGGGUUCACUGUGUGACGUUUUCACCAGAUGGAUCUUUAUUUCUGACAUCAUCUGAUGACCAGACAAUACGUAUUUGGGAGACGAAGAAGGUGUGCAAGUCUUCUGAUGCUGUGCUAAAAAGUGAACUAGAUGUUGUAUUUCACAAUGGUGAAGUGAUGAUUUUAGCAAUUUACAAUCAGAAGCAUUUACAACUUAUCAAUGGAAAUACAGACAGUGUUAUUAUUCAGACAGCAGCUCAAGAAUCCCCCAUUUCCUGCUGUUGCCUAAGUGAAGAUCUUAAAUUUGCAGCGUUUGGACUGGAGAAUGGAACAAUAAAGGUAUUACAGUUGUUGGAUGGGAAAGUUCUGAAGUCCUGGGAAGCCUACAGGACAUCCGUGCAGCAUUGUCGAUUUACCUCUGAUUGUCAGACUCUCAUUUCAAGUGCUCAUGAUUCAGUUAUACAGGUAUGGAAUUGGCAGUUGAGUGAAUGUCUGUUUCUAAGAGGGCACAAGGAAGCAAUCAAGGAUUUUAGACUUCUGGAAAAUUCAAAACUUCUUUCUUGGUCAUUUGAUGGAACUGUUAAGGUUUGGAAUAUCACUACUGGAAAUACAGAAAAAGAUUUUCUUUGCCAUGGAGGUGCUGUUCUUUCUUGCGCUGUUUCACCUGAUGGUACUAAAUUUUCAUCUACUUCUGCUGACAAAACUGCAAAGAUAUGGAGCUUCGAAAGUUCAUCUGUUCUUCAUGAGCUGAAAGGUCAUGAAGCCUGUGUGCGGUGCUGUACUUUCUCUCCUAAUAACAAAUUAUUGGCCACUGGAGAUGACAAAGGAGAAAUAAGGAUUUGGGACAUCAUAACAGGUGCAUUACUUCAUUUCUGCUCCCCAAUUACUGCAGACGAAGGAGAACCAACACAUGGUGGUUGGGUAACAGACCUCUCAUUUUCUCCUGAUAGUAAAAUGCUUGUGUCAUCUGGAGGUUAUCUUAAGUGGUGGAAUGUCACUACUGGAGAAUCCUUACAAACCUUCUACACAAACGGAACAAACCUCAAGUCAAUGCAUGUGUCCCCUAAUUUCAAAGUAUGUGUGACCGUUGAUAAUCUUGGUAUUCUUUAUGUAUUACAGAAGUUGUGAUUAAUGUGCUGAAGACUGCAAGAUAAUUCAUUUUUUUUGAGUUGGUAACAAAAUUCUGCUAAAUGUUUGUCCAACAUUCAUUAAGCUGUGAAUUAUAUUUCAUUGUUGUAUUCAUGAUGUUUUCAUGUAUAUUUAUGUAAUUUUAUGCAUGUUUUUUCACAUGAACUUGCAUUUAAUCUUGUUUUUAAUAAGCAUUAUUAGAAUCCUUAAGUCUUGAUUUGCAUCUUAAGUAUGUUACUUCAAAUUUUAUAAGGAAAUUAUAUUAAGAUUUAUUCAAAUUAGUUUACAUUAAUAUUAAUAGCAAUGAAGAAAUAAUACGGAUAUAAUACUUUGAAAUUGUAUUUUGUGCUGAGGCUGAUGGCUAAAUGCUCUCUAGCCACGAACACAACUGUGUAAGGUGCAGAAAUUUUUUUUUUACUGUGAUGCAAGGAUUUUCAUUUACUACAGAAUGAAAAGAAUCAGGGACAUGAAAAAUGAAACUAGCUCUCUUGGUGCUUGACGUUCAAAACAAAUCAAGUAGCUGUUCAGUUUACAGCAGCAGUGCUUCCUGCUUGUGGUAAGAACCUUCAUGCUUCUAACUUGGUGGAGAUAAAGCGCAUGUUACACAUAUGAGCUGUUCUUAUUAAGGGGAACACCCCGAGUCUUGUUUCCUCAAGGCAAGAUCUGCAAGGAUAUUGCAAUUGAAGUGGAAGAGGUUGUGCCACACUUCUAGUCAAAGGAUGAAUAGAGCUAACCAGCUAAACUGAGAAUUGAAAUAGUUUAAAAGCUAUAUAUUGAAAAAUAUAGAAGGUAGGAAUUUUAGUUACUUUUCUUUUUGGAAUUAACAUUCAGUUUAUACAAUGGAGACAUUUUGUUGUCAUCAGCUUUGUUUACAUGGGGUUCUAUGCACAGGGAUCUCUUGCCUGGUAAUAUGUGAUUUUCUGUUUGGUUUUUGGUUUUUUGUGUUUUUUACAAUAUAUUUAUAGAUUCAAUAUAAGGUUGAAAUUUUGACAUUUUGUACUAAUUAUACUUGACAUAUCUUUUGUGAAUAAUUAGAUAACAAUUUUUCUUAGGUACCUCGUAAGUCUUGUUCUAGUAAAUUGCCUUUCAACUGCUACGAGCAACUGCACAAGCAUUAAUAUCAUGGUUUUCAUAUUUUUGUAGUUCACAGGAGAACACUUCAUCUAAGUACUUGAUUGUAAAAAGUACAUUAGCAAGUGUCUCAACUGAUACUGAAUAAUGAAAUUCUCACUUUUAGAAUUUUUUGUGUGCGUUUUGGAAGAAUUAAUAUACAUUCUUCAUAUUUUCCUGUUUUUGACAAUCACCAGUUUUCCCCUUUUUUAACUUGAAAUUCCACCAUUUCUAAGGUGCUGUUGAAUACGGGUUAGUAUAACCAAAGUACUGCUGGCAGACAUGUAAAGAGAAGAAAUUCAAUAGAGAAAAUGCAAUGUUUUGUAUUCUAAGUAUCUACAGCAGUCAAUAAAGAUAAUCCAGGCACUAUUGGCCAAAGUCAUAAAUUAAUUCGAAUUCUUGAAUGUGUUUUUUUUUAUGGGGGGAGGGGGAAGUGCUGCCUCUUUUAUUGUGGUUUUACUUUCAGUGUAGACAUAAUGCUGCUUUACAAACUACAUCAAAAAUACUUUGACCGGCAAGCAACAGUACUAAAUACGAGGAUGGAGGAAAAAGUGAACAAAGGGAAACUGAAGUCUUGGAACAUGUCCUGCGGUGUUCAGGGCAGAGUUGUGCCUGCUGUCUAAUUUGUACAGACCUCAGCAGUACCCUCCCUAGGUAGCUGAAGGUGCAAGGAGCUGGAAGCCUCUCUCGGCCUGUGUCCCUUGAUUGCACAGGCUGCGCUGUCCUUAUUGCACAGGGCCGUGCUGCACUGAACUUAGGGACCCAACUAGGUAAAAAGAUACAGGAUAAAUGUUUCACAUGAGGAACCAGGGCAGAAAGUUGUCUUUUGUGAUUAUGCAAAUGAAACUCUGAUGGUGGGAAAACCUGAUCAUGGUUUAAUGAAGAACAUGACCUGUGAACGAGCGGAGUGCAUAGAUUAUUUCCAUUUUGAAGCGAGUGGGAAGCAAAUAGCACAGAAGCUUGAAGAAGUGUGAGAUAAAUCGUGCGUUCUUGAAUUAUUCUGCAAGAAUGAUGACAACACAGCAGCAUUAUACUUGUUGCUGGAACUGAGGAAGCUGGGCUUCGUAGAAGGUGGUGUUAACAGAGUCCGGGUGGUUGAAUUCCUGUGCAAACGUUGGCUGUAGGUCUUUGUAGCUGAGGUGGACGAAGAGGAAACAGCAAUGAGAAAGCCUGAAGAGCCAAAGAAUAG